AUGCAGCAACCCGCUUCUGCUCUAUUCCGAUUACCCGCUCAUUUGCGUACUUUUCUCUUUCGCAACGCCGCUGUUCCCCAACGUUACCUGUCGACAUCGCAAUGUCUCCGGGCAAACGGUCACGAGAACCCGCUUGGCUUGCCGCGCUCCGGCACCCCUCCCAACAUUGCAGCUCGGAUGAAACGCGGUCUGCCGGAGAAGCGUGCCAUCCCCAAUGUUGGCAGGGUUGUUGCCGUUAGCAGUGCAAAGGGAGGCGUGGGGAAGAGCACCCUUGCCGUCAAUCUGGCUCUCGCCAUGGCUCGAAGUGGUAUAUCAACGGGACUGCUCGAUACUGAUAUCUACGGCCCCAGCGUCCCAACUCUACUCAAUUUGGAAGGACUGGAACCGGAACUUGACCCGAACAAUCGUUUGGUUCCCCUUUCGGCGUAUGGGGUCAAGGCAAUGUCCAUGGGGUUUCUCGUGCCCCAGGAUAAUACCAUUGCCUGGCGGGGACUAAUGGUCCAGAAAGCUAUGAAUCAAUUGCUCUUCGAAGUGGCCUGGCCCAAACUGGACCUGCUUAUCCUCGACCUUCCCCCAGGUACCGGCGACGUGCAGCUUACCAUUGCCCAAAGCAUAGAACUAUCUGGUGCCGUCAUCGUGUCCACUCCGCAGAACCUCGCGCUUCGCGACGCCGUUCGUGGCCUAGAUCUGUUCAAGAAGGUUAAUGUGCCCAUCCUCGGCAUGGUCCAGAACAUGAGCACCUUUCACUGCUCAGAGUGUGGGCAUAAGCAUGAUAUCUUUGGCCUGGAUGGAGCAAGACGAAAAUGUGAUGAGAUGGGGAUAGAGCUGCUCGGUGAUAUUCCACUCCACUCACGCAUUUGUGUGGACGCCGAUGAGGGUAAGCCGACCGUUGUCGCAGACCCUCACGGACCACAAGCAGCCUCCUUCCGAGAGAUCGCGGCAAAGGUAGCGACUGCCCUUCAGCUGGUAUGA